AUGAACUUUUAGAUUCCUAAAUCAAGUGAUAGUGGAAUGAUUGUUGUCUCAAAUAGGUAAACUUAAUUAAUUAUUUAAAAGCAAGAUAAAAAUUGAUUCUGUUUCAAUUACAGGUUCUUACUCAGUGACUAUAUUUAGUUUAACCUUUAUCCAUCAUCUUAGUAUAACAAAUGUAAAAAUAAAUAAGGCCAAAUAGUUUGGUUCUCCUUUUAUAUAUAUUAGCAAUGAAUAAAAAUAUUAAUUAGAUCAAAAGAUUUAAAGCUAAUUAUUCUUAAGCUCAAUAAAUAUAAAUAAUUGUUAAAAUAUGAAUUAAUAAAUGUAAGGCUCAUUCUUGGAUAUUAUUCUUAUUGCCUAAAUAACAUCAAAAAUCAAAUUGGAGAAUUUCUAAAUUAUUCAAAAUAAUUGUUCUAAUUGUUAAAAAGGUGUAAUUAAUAUUUAAUUCACAGAAUAUACUAAAUCAAUUAAUAUUGAUUAAUUAUUAUUCUAUCAAAAUAAUUGUGGUUUUUAAUCAUGUCUAUCUGCCACUCCUAUAGGAACUUAUAAGAGAACAUAAAUAAAAGUAGAUCACGCACUAUUUAUUUAAAAUAAUGGGUCUAUGAAUGGAACACUUAAUUUAUAGGCAUCUUAAUUAAAUUUAUAACAUAUUAAAUUUAUUAAUAAUACAGCUUCUAAUGGUGGAGGAUAUUAUUCCCAAUAUUAUUAAGAACUUGAAACAAAAGACAUUUAUUUCAUUGAAAAUAAGGCAGACAUUGGAGGUGCCAUUUAUUUAAACAGUACAAAAUUAUAAUCUUCAAGUUUUUCAUAAAUUUAAUUUCUUGGCAACAAAGGCAAACUUGCAAUAGAUAAUCUUUAAGAAUUACCGAUUUACAUUAUGUUAUCAAUUUUCUAAACAGAUAUUGAAACUAUAACUGUAGGAGGGUAAGAUCAACCAAAUCUUAAAAAGUUUCUAAAUGAAAGCUUUAUCUAUUUACCUAGCGGUUAAAAAAUAGGAUAAUAUCAAUUAUUUUCAAAAAAGGUAAAUAAUUAUUAAAAUUAUAAUAUCCAAUUAAAAUUUUAUUUAGUGAAUAAUUUAGAGGAAAGAAUAUUUUAAUUUGAUAAUGAAACCAAAAGUUGUAUAGUAAAAUAAAAAUAAUUUAUUGGAGAAUAAUAGUAAACUGUUAAAUAUAAUGAUUUAAUAGUUGAUUAUGAUUAGGAAGAUCAAUCAUUCAUUUUUGAAAACUUAACUAUUAUAUUUGAUCCUUAUUCCUCGUAAGAUAGUUAUUUAAAUUUAUAAAUGAUUUGCCAAAUUUAAUCUAAUGAUAUUAUAGAAUAUUAAUUGAAUGUUAAGACAUUUCCAUGUUAAGUUGGAGAAUAUUAUUAUGAAUCUUAAUGUUUAUUGUGCGAGUCUAGUAAAGGAUAUUACUCACUUUAACCAAAAGCAUUUUAUUGUUUAAAAAUAGACCCAAAAAUGAUUUUAAAAAAUACAAAAAAUUAAAUUGAAUUAUAUCCAAGUUACUGGAGACCUUUUUCAAAAAGUUCUCUUAUAUCAAUUUGUAUCAGAAAGCCAGAAACUUGUUUAGGAGGUUGGGAAACUGGAGAUGAUUCAUGUUAAGUAGGAUCUAUAGGAGGUUUGUGUGAAGAAUGCGAUAUAUAUAAUAUAAGAGGAUUUGGUUAAUAUUAUCAAAACAAUAAUUUUAAAUGCCAAUAUUGUUCGAAUUUUAUUGGGAAAACAGCUAUUUCUAUAGUAAUAACAAUUUUGUAAUUUUUAUAUCUUAAUCUUUAUUUAGAACAUUAUUAUCUACUUAUUUAACUGUUAAUAGUGCUUAAUUGA